AUGGCCUCCAAGUUCGGUCUAGCCGGCGGCAUUCCCGAGCGAAAGGUUCGUCCAAUAUGGGACGCCAUUGAUUCUCGCCAGUUCAAGAACGCUCUCAAGCAUGUCACCACGCUCCUCUCUAAGCACCCUAAUUCUCCCUACGCCCUCGCUCUGAAAGCGCUCGUGUUGGAACGGAUGGGGAAGCCCGAGGAAGCGUUUUCCGUCGCGCUCAAUGCGAAGGAGCUUCUCUACGCCAACGAUUCUCUGUUGAUGGACGAUCUCACUCUCAGCACGCUGCAGAUUGUGUUUCAGCGAUUGGAUCACUUGGAUUUGGCUACUGGGUGUUAUGAACAUGCCUGCAGUAAAUUCCCUAGUAACUUGGAACUAAUGAUGGGGCUGUUUAAUUGCUAUGUUAGAGAGUACUCAUUCGUGAAGCAGCAACAGACGGCCAUCAAAAUGUACAAACUUGUUGGAGAAGAGAGGUUUCUUCUUUGGGCAGUUUGUAGCAUACAAUUACAGGUACUUUGUGGCAAUGGAGAAGACAAACUUUUAUUUCUAGCCGAAGGCUUACUUAAAAAGCAUGUUGCUUCUCAUAGCUUACACGAGCCUGAAGCUCUUAUGAUCUACAUUUCUUUAUUGGAUCGGCAAGCUAAGUUUGGGGAUGCUUUGGAAAUUCUCUCUGGGAAAUUGGGAUCACUGUUGAUGAUUGAAGUUGAUAAGCUACGAAUGCAUGGGAGACUUCUGGCUCGGGCAGGUGACUACACUGCUGCUGCUGAUAUUUAUCACAAAAUUCUAGAGUCAUGUCCAGAUGACUGGGAGUGUUUCCUUCAUUACCUAGGCUGUUUGCUAGAAGAUGGCAGCAUUUGGUGUGAUGAGGCUGCUAAUGAUCCAGUUCAUCCCCCAAAGUUUGUCAAUUGCAAAGUCUCACACUUGACAGAUGAACAGUUUGACGGUCGAAUGUCAAUUGCAUCAGCCUGUGUACAGAAGUUGCAAGCAGAUACUGUUAAUAACUUGAUCAGGUGUCCAUAUUUGGCAACUAUGGAAAUUGAAAGAAGAAAACAUUUACGUGGGAAGAAAAAUGAUGACAAUUUAAUGAAUGACAUUGUGCAAUACUUUCGGAGGUUUGGUCACCUGGCCUGCUUUACUUCUGAUGUUGAGAUGUUUGUUGAAAUCCUCAAUGCUGAUCAGAAGAUAGAACUCUUGGAGAAGUUGAUGAAAACCAAUGACACUUUAUCAGCUCCACCGACCAAGACACUUGGGCUGUCUAUUAGUCUUUUCAAAAUUAAACAGUUAUUGCUGGGGAACAUGUUCAAGUCUUCUGCAAGUGAACUUGAGGCCUCUUGUGUUCAAAUGUUUGAAAUGUAUUGCAAAAACCUUCCACUUUCGAAAGAUUUGGAUCCACAGGAGGGCAUGCAUGGUGAGGAGCUGCUUUCAAUGAUAUGUAAUAUUUUGGUCCAGUUAUUCUGGCGUACCAAGAAUGUUGGCUAUUUGGUAGAGGCAAUUAUGGUUCUGGAGUUUGGUUUGGCAAUACGAAGAUAUGUGUCACAGUACAAGAUCUUGCUGUUGCAUUUGUAUAGCCACUGUGGUGCACUUUCAGCGGCACAUGAAUGGUAUAAGUCCCUGGAUGUCAAGAAUAUCUUGAUGGAAAAUAUUUUGCACCACAUAUUGCCUCAGAUGCUGGUAUCUCCACUUUGGACCGAGUUAAACAAUCUGCUAAAGGAUUACCUGAGGUUUAUGGAUGAUCACUUCAGAGAAUCUGCAGAUUUAACAUUUCUUGCAUAUCGUCAUAGAAAUUACUCAAAAGUAAUUGAAUUUGUCCAGUUUAAAGAUAGGUUGCAACACUCUAGUCAGUAUUUAGUGGCACGGGUUGAAACACCCAUUUUACAACUCAAGCAGAAUGCAGAUAAUCUUGAAGACGAAGAGGGUGUUCUUCAAGGCUUGAAAUGUGGUAUUCACUUCCUUGAGCUAUCUAAGGAGGUAGGGUCGAAGUCUUUGACCUUCAAUGAAGACCUGCAGACACGGCCCUGGUGGACACCAACUUCAGAGAAAAAUUACCUUUUAGGGCCAUUCGAAGGAAUUUCUUAUUAUCCCAGAGAAAUAUCGACCAAAGAUAGGGAGACAAAUUUAAAGAGAGUCAUUGAAAAGAAAUCCCUACUUCCACGGAUGAUCUAUCUUUCGAUUCAAAGCGCUUCAGCAUCAAUCAAGGAGCAUGUUGAGGUCAAUGGUUCUGUUACCCCGGACAUCACUUCAGAGCUGAAAUUGUUGCUGGAGUGCUAUGCACAAUUUUUGGGCUUUUCUCUCACUGAAGCAAUAGAAGUGGUCAUGGGUUUCUCUAAUGGUGAAAGAUCUUCCGUGGUUUCUGACUCCAACUUGAUUGACUGGUUGAAUUUCACUGUAUUUUUAAACGCAUGGAACUUGAGUUCCAAUGAACUUGUGCACCCAGAUGGAAAUGGAUCUAGGCCUCGAAUUUGGAAUAUCUUAGAUUCUUUGCUGGAGAAGUAUAUUUUAGAGAAGGUUAGGUCCAUAGAGCCUCAGCUUUGCUCUCCUUGGAGUGACAUCGAACUUCUCACGCAGUUAGUUACAGAACCUUUGGCAUGGCAUGGACUUGUGAUUCAAUCUUGUUUGAGAUCCUGUUUUCCACCUAGCAAAAAGAAAAAGAAAAGUGGAUCAGGUUAUCAGUCUAGCUCGAAUCUGGCUCAUGCAAUCACAGAUUCUGUCUUGCAUUUAUCUCAUGUUUUAGAGGAUGUUAUGAAAUGGAUAAGAGAAUGGAAAAGAAGACCUGAAGAUUUGAAUUUGGAUAGCAUUCUUUCUCUUCUUCACAAAGACGGGCAUAAUGAUGGUCCGGGGAAGGUCUUUCACAUUUUACAAACAUUUAUUUCCUCAGUGAAUGAUUCAGAAGUUGGUGAUCGUAUCUCCCAAUCACUCAAGUCUUGGUGCCCUGCUGAGGUUGCCAGGAAAAUGAUGACUGGGAAGCUAAAAGUACUGAUGGAUUUUUCUGCCAUAUGUGAGUCAAAAUUGAAGUUAUUACAGCAUUUGAAACAGCAGAUAGCUCAACUGUGAAGAUUCGGCAUGGUUUACUGCUGCUGAAGUUUUAUUUCAGCUUGACAAAUGACUCUUCAAUUUCAAUAGACAUAUAUCUUCAAUGACAGGGGUUGAGAUAUUGUGCUACUGUUCUGCUGUUAUUUUCAUUGGCUUCAUCUAUAUUGGCUUCUGUGGAACGGGUUGUUGCUACCUCAGUUUUUGUUGGUCAUUUUCUUGUAAAAUUUUCUGGAGUGUACAUUAAACAUUCCCCUCAUUUUGAGUUGUUGCUGGAUCUACUCAGAUGUAGCUGUUUGUCUGAGCAAAAAUUUUGGCAGUGUAUCAUUGGUUUGAUUUGUUUCAAUGGAAGUAAAUUUUUAAAAUA